CUGUGGGCCGGCUAGCGCCACCUGGAGGAAGCACGCGCCUCUGCGUCUCUCAGGAGACGCUUACUCAACAUUCGCGGCUCGAUGGUGCGCCCUCCGUGUGUUUAUUAAAUCAUCCGGUGUUUCUGAGUCGCUCAGUGAUGGAGGUGAACCGGGAUGAAGCGGAGCGCUGCAUCGAGAUCGCGCUCGGAGCGCUGGAGCACGCGCAGCCGGAGAGAGCGCGCAGGUUCCUGGAGAAAGCGCAGCGGCUUUUCCCGACGCGCAGAGCCCGGGAGCUGCUGGCGUCUCUGGAGCAGAACGGCGAGGCGUCGUCUCCGAGAGCCGCUGAUGGCACAGAAGCUGGUCAGCGCAGGUCAGAGGUCAGCAGUAAUGACUCCAGUAAACCCUACACAGCGGAGCAGGCCGAGGCCGUCACGAGAAUAAAGCAGUGUAAGAACUACUACGAGACUCUGGGCGUGCAGAAAGAUGCUUCUGAAGACGAUCUUAAGAAAGCUUACAGGAAGCUGGCGUUAAAGUUUCACCCUGAUAAGAAUCACGCUCCAGGAGCCACAGAGGCGUUUAAAGCGAUAGGAAACGCGUACGCAGUUCUGUCGAAUGUGGAGAAGAGACGGCAGUACGAUCAGGUCGGCUCGGGUCGAUCCAGCGAGACCAACGACACACACUUCGAAGCCGAUAUUUCACCUGAAGAUCUCUUCAACAUGUUCUUCGGAGGAGGAUUCCCUUCUAGUAAUGUUCACAUGUACAGUAACGGACGGAUGCGCUUUAAUCAGAAUCAGGGCGAGAGAGGAGAACAGCGAGGGGGAGGUCUUGCUCUUCUCAUGCAGUUGAUGCCCAUCCUCAUCCUCGUCAUCGUAUCAGCGCUCAGUCAGAUGAUGGUCACCAACCCUCCCUACAGCCUCAGCUUCAGACCGUCAGCGGGUCACACACAGAAGCGCGUGACGGAGAAUCUGGGCGUGACGUAUUACGUGAACGAGCGAUUCUCGCAGGACUACAGCGGCGCGAGUCUGACACGAGUCGAGAGCAGCGUGGAGGACGACUACAUCUCCAACCUCAGGAACAACUGCUGGAGAGAGAGACAACAGAAGGAGGGUCUGCUGUACCGUGCGCGAUAUUUCGGGGACAGUGAUCUGUACCAGCGGGCUCAGCGGAUGGGAACCCCGAGCUGCUCUCGGCUGUCUGAGGUUCAGGAGUCUUUACACGGAUAGAUGAAGCUUCAGUGCAAUAGCUGGUUCCAAAAAACAAUCUCUCCAGUCUGGAAUAUGGAAGAACGCCAUGCAUUUGUUUGAAAAACAGGACUGAGCAUUGCAACCACUACUGAACUCGACUAGAAAGACUUACUGAGGACUGAAGCGGUGUGUGUGUGCGUGUGUGUGUGUGUGUUUGUUCAUGCAUGCAUGCUAAGGACCAUGUACGUGAGCGUGCGUGUGUGUGUGUGUAUUUGUGUUUGUGUGUGCGUGCAUGUACAUGCAUGCUAAUGAUUGUGUGUGUGCGUGCCUCUGUGUGUGUGUGUACGUGCAUACAUGUUAAGGACCAUAUACGUGAUCAAGUGUGUGUGUGUGUGUGUGUGUACAUGCAUGCUAAUGAUUGUGUGUGUGCGUGCCUCUGUGUGUGUGUGUACGUGCAUACAUGUUAAGGACCAUAUACGUGAUCAAGUGUGUGUGUGUGUGUGUGUACAUGCAUACAUGCUAAGGACCAUGUACGUGAGCAAGUGUGUGUGUGUGUGUGUGUAUACAUGCAUACAUGCUAAGGACCACGUACGUGAUCAAGUGUGUGUGUGUGUACAUGCAUGCUAAGGAUUGUGUUUGUGUUUGUGUGUGUGUGUGUGUGUGUGUGUGUGUACAUGCAUGCUAAGGAUUGUGUUUGUGUUUGUGUGUGUGUGUGUGUGUGUGUGUGUACAUGCAUGCUAAGGAUUGUGUGUGUGUGUGUGUGUGUGUGUGUGUGCGUGUGUGCUAAGGACCAUAUACUUUGAGCAAGUUUUUAGUGUGUGUGUGUGUGUGUGUGUGUGUGUGUGGACUUGCAUGCAUGCUAAGGACCAUGUACGUGAGCAAGUGUGUGUGUGUGUUUGUGAAACUGGAGCUGGUGUUUUGGACUCCUGGAUGAAGGACGUUCCUCACAGUCUGAAUGUUCUGGCCUGGAUUAAAGUUCAUGGUGUUGUUUCUCUAAUUUCAAACUUAUUUUCAGCUCUGGCUGGAAUCAACAACCUGGUUUUGCUUUAUGAAACAGACUGGAGACUCCAAUGACAAUAUCUGCAUUUAUUUAUUUGAGUUUGUUUAGAUGGAGAUCAUGACUUUUUAAUGAUUUAUAUUUGUAUGUAUGUGAUUUAUCUAUGCAGGGAUCUUACUGAUUAAAUUAUUGUGUAUGCGUGUUAGGAGUAACUACUGCUUCUGUACAGCUGAUAUUUAUUGAAGGAUUGAAUAGGAGUAUUUAUUUCAUAUGAAGUUUUAUUUUCUACAUGACUAGUUUCAUUGCUGACAGAGACUACGCUGCAUUUAUUUCACUCUGAAAACAAAUAAAGGUUGUACGUGCCACUGUC